GUCCUCGAGGCUGGAAUCGAGAUCAUGCCAGUGACUCUGGGUUAUUGGGAUAUCCGAGGACUGGGUCAUGCCAUCCGCCUGCUCCUGGAAUACACAGAAACAGGCUAUGAAGAGAAGAGAUACGCCAUGGGGGACGCUCCCGACUAUGACCGAAGCCAGUGGCUGAAUGACAAAUUCAAGUUGGGCCUGGACUUUCCCAAUCUGCCCUACUUAAUCGAUGGGUCAUACAAGGUCACCCAGAGCAAUGCCAUCCUGCGCUACCUUGGCCGCAAGCACAACCUGUGUGGAGAGACAGAAGAGGAGAGGAUUCGUGUGGACAUUUUGGAGAAACAGGUCAUGGACAGCCGGAUUCAGAUGGGCACACUCUGCUAUAGCCCUGACUUUGAGAAACGGAAGCCAGAGUUCUUGAAGGGCCUCCCAGACCAGCUGAAGCUCUACUCUGAGUUCCUGGGGAAGCAGACAUGGUUUGCAGGGGACAAGAUCACCUUUGCGGAUUUCCUCGUCUAUGAUGUCCUUGAUCAGCACCGUAUAUUUGAGCCCAAGUGCCUGGACGCCUUCCCAAACCUGAUGGACUUCGUGGCCCGCUUUGAGGGUCUGAAGGAGAUCUCUGCUUAUAUGAAGACCAGCCGCUUCCUUCCAAGUCCUGUGUACCUGAAACAGGCCACGUGGGGCAACAAGUAGGACCCUGCUCGGA